GGCGCGGUUGUCCUUCAUUUCUGGAAAGUUCUGUGCCCUGCCUCCUACAGAAAGCGAGUUAACCGUUCUGCUAUUCCUCUUCCAGAAAGCGAUUCUAAUAGCGUGCAACUGACAAAGCACGCUUCAGACAACACAAGAACCGUCUGCGGACUGAAUGCAUUGAUCGCUCUCAGAUUGCACACAGAUCCACCGUACUAAUUUGUAAAGCAGCGGUUGUAUUUUUAGGCCAGCAAGCAUAUACUAAUAACGAGGGAUUCGAUUGAUCCAGAGAUUUUUUUUAUUUCCCUUCAGUUUUGCACUCACUGUCUUCAGGGAUCUCAAACAGCACAAUGACAGCAGAAGAGGUGAAAAGCGAAGAGGGACAGCAGAAAAUCUCAAUGGAAGGAGAAGACCUCACUCUGAAGAAAGAUGGUGGAGUGUUAAAGGUGAUUAAGAAGGAGGGGACAGGCAAUGAGACCCCCAUGACUGGGGACAAGGUCAGUGUCCACUACGUGGGGACACUGCUGGACGGCACCAAGUUUGACUCCAGCCGGGACAGGGAUGAGCAUUUCACCUUUGACCUUGGGAAAGGGCAGGUGAUCAAAGCCUGGGACCUUGGUGUGGCUACCAUGAAGAUUGGGGAAGUUUGCCAGCUUAUCUGCAGUCCGGAAUACGCCUACGGGGCAGCUGGCAGCCCACCCAAAAUCCCACCCAACUCCACGCUGGUGUUUGAGGUGGAGCUGUUUCAGUUCAAGGGGGAGGACCUCUCUGACAAGGAGGAUGGAGGUAUCAUUCGCAGGAUCCUCACAAAGGGGGAGGGGUACACCAAACCCAACGAGGGCGCCACUGUUGAGGUGUCUCUGGAAGGCGAGUGGCAGGGGAAGGUGUUUGACCGCAGGGAGCUGACGUUUGAGGUGGGAGACGGGGUGGACUUGGGGAUCCCAAAAGGCAUUGAGAAAGCUCUCCAGUCCAUGGAGAAAGGAGAGGAGUCCAUCAUCAAACUCUCGCCCAGCUAUGGGUUCGGCAGUGAGGGGAGCUCCCAGUUCAACAUCCCUCCGGGCGCAGAGCUCUCUUACAAAGUCAAGCUCAUAACUUUUGAGAAGGCCAAAGAGUCAUGGGAAAUGAACACAGAAGAGAAGCUGGAGCAAGGACCCAUUGUCAAGGAAAAGGGAACCCAGUACUUUAAAGAAGGGAAGUACAGGCAGGCAGCGCAGCAGUACACGAAGAUCAUCUCCUGGCUGGAUCACGAGUCCGGGCUGUCGGAGCAGGACGAGCAGAAAGCCCGGGCCCUGCAGCUCGCUGCCCACCUCAACCUGGCCGCGUGCUUCAUCAAAAUCCAGGACCACGUGCAAGCCCUGGAGAAUUGCAACAAGGCUCUGGAGCUGGACGACAGCAAUGAGAAGGCUCUGUUCCGUCGCAGUGAGGCGCUCUUUGCUCUAAAGGAGUUCAGGGAUGCACGCGAUGGCUUCCAGAAGGUGGUGCAGCUGUACCCUGACAACAAGGCAGCCAGGGUGCAGGUCACAGCCUGCCAGCGGCUCCUGAGAGAGCAGCACGAGAAGGACAAGCGGCUCUACGCAAACAUGUUCUCCAAGUUUGCUGAGCAUGACGCCAAGAAAGAAGCCACAGAGAAAGGGAAGGAAGAGAAGAAGCCAGAGAAUGGGCAGCCAGAGGAGGGCAGCAUGGAGCUGGAACAGAACCCCUAAACCAGGCGCCGCUUCCUCACCUUUUGUUUGAUUUUCUUUUAUUUAAUUGUUUCAUUUGUUUGCUUUGUAACUUAAUGAGGAUUGGUUGUAUGCCAUGUUUCUGUAGGAGGGCUGGGUGCUGGAUUUGUUGUUGUCUCUCCCCACUAUCAGUCUCACCAAUUGCAGUUGUAUUUAUUAUCCAUGUAUUAACCAUCCAUCUUCUCCAUCCCAAAUCUGUUUGUGAAGGAGCAUCUGUACUGUAUCCUGUGCUUUUUUAGAAGACCUGUGAGAGGAGACACGAGAAAGGGCAGCAGGGCUUUGCCUGGGCUUGGAGCUUCGGCUUGCCUCUUGAACACAGUGAUUUGCACUCCGACUCUCCUGUGGUGCAAAACACGGGCUACUCGAGAGCCUGGUGGAAGCACACACUUGUGUAUGGUUUAUUUAAUUUUGUUUACAUUGGAAAUUGAGCCAUCUUCUUUGUAGUUAAUAAGCCUCUUUCGACCACAGUAGUGACGGUGAGACACACACACUCGAAAGGAAAAGCAACAUUCUCGCUUUUUUUUUUGUUUCUUAAUAAAUGUAGAAUCGGUUUCUUUCGAUUUGUAAAUCUGUAUUCAAACUCAUUGUUUUUGUUUUUUAAGAAAAAAUAAAGUUUGAUUUGUAAAGUG